CUGCACUAUGGGACCAUCAUGGGCAGCAGAGCUUGUGUCAAAAUAGCAUCAGCUGCCUGGGCCAGUGGCUUUCUCAGUGCGGUGCUGCACACUGCCAACACAUUUGGAGUAACAUUCUGCCACGGCAAUGCCCUGGGUCAGUUCUUCUGUGAAGUUCCUCAGAUCCUCAAGCUCUCCUGCUCAGACUCCUACCUCAGGGAACUUGGGGUGCUUGUGGUUAGUGCCUGUUUAGGCUUGGGGUGUUUCAUCUUCAUUGUGCUGUCCUAUGUGCAGAUCUUCACUGCUGUGCUGAGGAUCCCCUCUGAGCAGGGACAGCACAAAGCCCUCUCCAUGUGCCUCCCUCACCUGGCUGUGGUCUCCCUGUUUGUCAGCACCAUCAUAUUUGCCCACCUGAAGCCCCCCUCCCUCUCCUCCCCACCUCUGGAUCUGGUGGUGGCUGUUUUGUACUCGGUGGUGCCUCCAGCAGUGAACCCCCUCAUCUACAGCAUGAGGAACAGGGAGCUCAGGGAUGCCCUGAAGAAACUGAUUCACCUGCUUUUAGUGCAGCAGCAAUGAGCUGCCCAUCCCUCUUCACAAGUGGU